UUCCAGGUGAGCUUAGAUCUUCAGCUAGAGAGGGGGAGGGAGCCACCAUGAAGAUUACAAGUGCCACCUUUUCCCUGCUGCUGGUCCUAGCCCUGUGCAGCCAAUAUGCCGAAAGCUGCCUUCCAUUUUAUAUCACUUUUGGUACAGUAGCCUUAAGGAAUUCUGUACUCUUAAAAUUGGAUCUCAUAAAAUAUGGAGCUACUCAAGAAGAGUAUGAGGCCUUCAGAAAGAUACAGGAAUGUUAUGCUGAACAUCCUAUUAUAAGAACGGCAAUGGAUAUAAAGCUCAUGACGAUGACCACCAUAAAUAAAGAAUGCUACGACUAUCUGCUAAGUUCAUUUGGAUUAUAAAACCAUCACUAUCGAAAAUCUGAAUAACAACUCAGUUACUGCCACUGCUGUUCACCCCAUGCCUAUUCCGGGCCCACUUUACCCUCUAAACCCUGAGACCCUGUCCAAUAUGGAUGGUCAUAGUCACUGAUGAUUCUAAUAAAGCAAAUGUACCUCAAAUCUA